AGAAGCAAUGAAUAAUUAUUUUAAUUGAUAUUUUUAGUACUAAAGUGUUCCUUCCUCAUAAGCCAUGAGCAACCAAGAGCCAACUCAACCACGAAAUUCUGCAUCAAGUGGUGGAUCAGAAGAGAACCCAAACCAAGCCGGUGAUGCAGCAACAGUAAAUAUCACUAGAGGAAUGGCGAAUAUGAAUACACAAGAUCGUUCGAUUAGAGAACUUAUAAAUCAAUUAGGAGAACUACCUGUUGAUUCGGUUGAAUCAUUCAAAGUGUUGGAUCAGAAAUUAAGAAAUGACAACGUGUUGCGAGAAGAGUUG